AUGGAGAAGGAUCCUAGAAAGCUGUCCAUUAGUUCAACUCGAGUUGUCUUCUUACUCAUCCUCUCUUUUCUCUUUCUUGAUUUCUUCUGUGGAAAUAUUAUCCCAUUUGAUCAAUGGAUUCAAUACUACGAAACUACUUUCACCAGCCGAGGGAUCAGCAAUGACACAGUUCAACAAGAGCACGAGUCCUUGAAAUUUCUUCUUUCAAGAGUAGUGACUGGGGAAGAUCGAAAGAAGCUUCAAGUCACUGGAUUUGCUUGCCAUACGACUAAGGACUCGGCUCAUUGUGUCACAAAUCAACCUGUUAGGAUUAACACACGCACAAUGACAGUACAUAUUGCAUCUCAUCAACCUGUACAAGAAACCGUGGUUCGACCAUAUGCAAGGCAAGAAGAUCAUAAUCUUCUCAAAAACGUCACGCCAGUAAAGAUACUACAGAUAUAUAUUACAAUGCCACCGGCUUGCCAAUACAUUCACGGUGUCCCUGCUGUAAUCUUCUCGUCCAGUGGCUUUGUGGGAAACUUUUUCCACGAAUUCAACGAAAUUAUCAUACCUCUUUUUAUUACGACUAGCCAUUUGAGAUCGCGGGUGCAAUUUAUCCUUGAGGAUUACAAGGCCUCAUUUGUAAGGAAAUAUAGCAAACCUAUGUCACAAUUGUCUGCUUACGAGGUGAUUAAUCCAGUUGCAGAUACAAGUGUUCACUGUUUUCCAGGAGCAAUAAUUGGGCUUAAAUUUCAAGGCCAUUUGGCUUUGAAUUCCAGCGACACCCCUGGUGGGUAUUCGUUUCAGGAUUUCAAACAGUUUCUUAGACAAACAUAUAAUCUCAAGUUCGCCCACGUAUCAGAAAUCAGAAGGCCGAAUUUAGUGCUGGUAUCUCGCAGAAAAACUAGAAGGUUCCUAAACGAAGAUGAAAUGGUUUCCACGAUGGAAGAAUUAGGCUUUCGAGUAAUUAUUGUUGCAAGAAAUAAUGUGUUAUCAAACUUAAACAAAUUAGCGCGUAUAAUAAACUCAUGCAGAGUCUUCGUGGGAGCUCACGGAGCCGGCCUUACGAAUGAGUUGUUCUUGCCUGCUGGUGCAGUUAUGGUGCAAGUAGAUCUAAUCGGCCUGGAAUGGCCUGCAAAGGCCUAUUAUGGCGAUCCAGCCCGUGCAAUGGACGUGCACUAUUUGCCAUACAGGAUCGAACCUGAGGAGAGCUCACUUUUGAAAGUUUUCGGACGAAAUCAUACAGUGUUUAAGGACCCUAAAUCCUUCAGUUCUGAAGUAGGCAGGGAGAUAUAUCUUAACAAUCAGAACGUAAGGAUUAAUCUUGCAAGGUUCAGGGAGACAAUGGUUGAAGCACUUAGUAUUGUUGAAGACACGGAUGUAUAA